AUGGCGCCAUGGCCAACCAUUCGACGCCACACAUGCGACAGCCCAGAGAUCUUCCGUUCCUAUCCUGUCCUGUCCAAAUACGGUAGGCCAUGCUGCUGUGAUAGUAUUGGCAUGACGGACAACGCGGAAGUAUCCGCUGCCAUUGCCCAAUCGAGAUACAACGAGACGGUGGUGCUUCAAGUAGUAGCAGCAGCAGAGGAUGAUGACAAAAAGCCCCGUGAAAUUCUCUUGAUUGCGUGUUUGGACAAAGACAGCGGUGGAAUCAUCUGGAAGGAUCUGAGUAGUACUGAAAAUCAAGAAGAAGAAGACGGAGUCGAUGUUGGUAUUGUCCGACAUUUACGUACCAAGCAAUGGUUCUUUCCCAUGCUCAAUGACCAUCGACGCAAUGAACUCUACGAUCAAGCCAUUCGAGCUGCCAGCAAGCAAGCCGUUCGGCAAUUUUUACUACUACAACUCCAACAAGAGCAAGAAGAAGAACAAGAACAAGAAGCUUCAGUGAUGAGAGUCCUGGAUAUUGGUUCGGGAACAGGAUUGUUGGCCAUGAUGGCAGCCAAGUACGUUCAAGAGGAACUGCACAACAACAAGAGUAAAUCUCCAGGAGCCAAAGUCCAAGUGACAUCGUUGGAAAUGUCCGCUGCCAUGAGUCGAUUGGCUCGCUUGACCAUUGCCGACAAUCAGCUCCACGAUACGAUCCAAGUGUCGGAAGGUCAUUCCACAGAACACAACUUGUCUACUACUAGUAGCAAAAUCCAGUUUUGUGUUUCCGAAUUGUUGGAAAGCAGCUUGCUCCAGGAAGGAAUCCUACCAGCACUACGGGAUGCGUGGGAGCGACAGCUGCAUCCCACUGCCGUCAUGGUACCUCAACGGGCACGGGUCUUGGGACAAUUGGUAGAAGGAUCCUUUCUCAAAGACUACUGGGGACCUCAUGGCGAUGACAACCACAACAAUAGUAUUCGUUUGUGUUUGUCAUCUGAUACUACUAGUGACAACACCAACAACUUGAUGAGGGACGGAGGAGCCAGAGGGGGAUUUAUUCUUCCCAUUCAUGCCGAACAGUGGAUCAUGAUGACGGAUCAAAAGACAACCACAAUAACAAACCACCAAAAAAACAAUGACAAUAACGACAACCAAAAGCUCAAGCCAUUAUCGGAUCCAUUUCCAAUCAUGAACUUUGAUUUCUCCAAACCAGGUGCCUUACCGGGACCUCAAGGGCGACGACUGCCUCCCAUUUCGAUUCAACCACACACCGACGGGCGGGUACAUGCCGUGCUCUUUUGGUGGGAAUUGAAUUUAUGGCAGGAUCUAACCUAUUCCACGCAACAUGGCAGAGAACCGUGGCAAGAUCAUUGGCAUCAGUGCUUGUUUGUAUUCACUAGCGACAAGGAUGGAUACCCGGUGCAAUCCAAAACACCUUGCCAACUCGUAGCUUGUCAUAAUGACACGGCCAUGUGGUUUUCCAUGGUUACAACCACAGCAACCAACAACAGCAACACUUGUGAUGAUGUGAAGGGCAGUACGACCAAUCAAAAUAAUGAAGGCGACGUCCCGCCUCCUUGCAAGCGCAUGAAACAGGACGAAAAUAAUAAUGAUGGCGUCCCAAAUCCUGCUGAAAUGCCAGAACAUAAUCCGCUCAUUUCAUCGUUUCGGGCAUGCCAAUUGAACAAUUCGCAGCGACAAGCAUUUCUCCAGAAAGGAAUUCGACAUGCAUUGCACGAAAAAGGCAAAAAUGCCGUCGUAUUGGAUGUGUCCGAUUUUGCACUCUGUGCCAUUCUGGCUGCAAAAAUGGAAGGAGCAACCAGAGUGUCGUCGUUGGAAAGCAGCACUGGAGGAGUCAUACCUACGUUGUCGGCCAAGGUGGCGCAAUUGGCCAAUGGACUUCCCUCGUCAACAGCAAACAACUUGUUUCAAGUGUUGCAGUGUCACGCCGAACAAUUGUCGCUCGAGCUCUUGAACGGAAUGGACAGCAACAACAACGACAACGACGACAAGACUGCGGCAGCAUCACCGGUGCAAAUUGUGGUCGGAGAGCCCUACUAUCAAAUGUUGGAGGGAUGGCAUUUGCAGGAAGCAUUGAACUAUUUCUACCUGGUGCGUGCGUUACAAAGACGUGGCAUCUUGGCAGACAACUUUUGUUCGGUCCCUGCCUGGGCCGUUGUCAAGGGAUGCGCCAUUGAAAGCGCUUCUUUGAAGCAGGCGUAUGGACGUUGUGGUGGUGGUGAGAAUGGGGACGACAAGUCGUCGUGGAUUUGUGGGUUUGAUCACCAGCAGGCAAACUGUCAUGGGGAUAGAUUUCAUCAGUACGACCUUUGUCUACCGAUGUGGGAAUACGAGUAUCGAGAACUGACGGCAAGCUUUGAGAUUGCACGGCUCGACUACAACAACAACGGCACUACAUGUACUACUGGACAAGAACAACAAUACUCGUUUUCCAGUCGGGCGCCGUUUCUCACCAAGGGGACAUGCCAUUCCGUUCUUGUGUGGGUGGAGUAUGGUGUCCGUGUGGGAAAAACUGAUUGCUUUGAGUCUCACGCAACCCUGGGACGAUCCUACCGUCAGCUGGUUCGUAUGCUUCGAAGUCCGGUUGUCUUGGACGAAGGGUCGUUUGGUCAACAGGAACUUCUUUGCCGAUUUGAGUUUGGCAACCAGAAGGAUCUGGAGAGCUACAAAUUAGAGUUGAGUAUAGGGAGCAUCUAA